GCUGCCUCGUUGUUUAUAUUUUUUUCGUUCUGCUAAGCGGCAUUUUGCUAAUCAUGUUAAUCGUGUUAAACAUGUUAAUUGUGUUAAUCGUCUUCGCGUGAAACAUUUGUGCGUUUCUGUUACUUUACCUUUUCUGUUUCUUUUUAACUGCCCGUUUGCCUGUUUGCUGGGUGGCUAGUCGGUCCCUUCGUGUUUGCCCCCUUCGCGCAACCGCCGAAAUGCUGAGCUGUGAUACCGCGAAACUGUGAAAGAGUGAACGUGAAACCGCCUAACUGCUUCGCCUCACCGCUUCGCUUCGCUCGCCUCGCCCCGCCGCUCCCCUUAGAUGCUCUCCUCCGCGGCCCCCAAACGGUACAAGUUCGACCAGAGGGGAAACCUGACCGAAGUAAACUUCCUCGCGUGCAAAAGCGUCGUCCCGCCGCGCACCUACGUCCACUCGAAGAACAGCCUCACCUGCUCCACGAGCGUCAUCCCGGAGUUGCACCAAACCGCGCACCACUGCAAGGGAAGAAGUGGAGCCAACGGAACCAGCGGAACCAACGGAAAGAGCGGAAGCACCUCCAAGAUGGCCAUGUCGCAGGAAAACAUUUUCGAGGCGGAGGCGAUAAAUGGAGCUCCCUACUGUGCAGACGACGCCGGACAGGGAAUCGACCCCGGAGUGGUGGCUGUUUCCAAUGCUCUCUUCGCAUACAACAGCGCGUUUCAGUCCAUUCCCAUAAAGACCUCUCCGAAUGUGUUUCGACGAAGGACAAAGGGGGAAGGUAACUCUGAGUGGUGCAAUGCCUUCGUCACGAGAGUGGACCCCUGCGAGUGUGGAGACCCCGAUGAGCAGUUCAAGCCAUAUGAGGUUACCAAGUAUUAUGAUGACGGCCAGGUGAAGACCGUCUUCAACUUUGACCAGGACUCCGCCCCGCAGGAGCAGCUCAUGUGA